AUUCUCUCUAUCCUUGUAGGAAGCAAGAAUCAACAAAUGAUGGAGAGCAUUCAAGAAGUGGGAUUAAGCUACCUUUCCCCCAAAGAGCUUUCCUCCUGUCAGACCUGGCAACAAGAUUCAGGCAGGUUAACCAGGCAUCAAGAGCUCAUGAAAGACUUUCAGGGGGAGAAUUCUCAAUUGCAAGAACAAGGUGAUUCCUUCUGCCAGGUUUGGGCAGGAAUGCCAGUUCAGAUUUCUGAAGAUGAGAACUAUAUAUUGACUCACAUAAAAAGUCAAGAGUUUCCAUCUUGGAGGGCCCAGUAUUCUUGGAGGAAAAUGCAUCUGAUGGAGUUACAUAAUUAUCAGUGUAGAUGUCAGCAAAUUUCAAUGAAAAAUAAUUUCUGGAAAAGUGACAGCCUCAGUCAGAUCUCACGUCACAGCGAUAAUCUGAGGGUACACAGAAAAGAAAAAAACUAUAGCUGCCAUGACUGUGGAGAAGAUAUAAUGAAGUUAUCAUUGCUUAAUCAGGACUCAAUUCAAACAGCGGAGAAGCUGGACCCAUGUACUGAGUACAGAAAAGCCUUCAUGAAUAACUCCAGCUCUGAAGCUCACCAACAGUUCAACUUGGAAGGGAAGCCAUGUGGAAAGGGCUGUGGUUAUAGGUCAGCUCUUCAUGUUCAUCACAGUAUUCAGAGAGAAGAUGAUGGUGUCAUUGAGAAUUCCCGUCUGCAAUCCAAUCAGAGAGUGCUUGCAGAGGAGAAACCAUGCAAAUGUGGGGAAUACGGUGAGAACUGCAAUCCGUACUCCUCUCUGAAUAAUUAUGAACUUAUCCACACAGGGGAGGCAUCCUGUAGAUGCAACAUUUAUGAGAAAACCUUUGGUCAUAGUUUAGACAUUAACAGUAUUUUUAGGGUCCAAACUAGGGAUGACCCUUAUGAAUAUGAGGAGAAUAGGAAUGUCUUUCAUCAGAAUCCGUGUCUUCGAGUCCAUCAGAAAAUCCACACUGAAGAGCAACUAUACAGAAGUGUUGAGCAUGGAAAGGGUUUCAUUUGUAGUUCAAAUCUUAAUAUUCAACAUAGAGUUUACAUGGAAGAGAAUCCCUGUAAUUCUGAGGAGUGUGGUAAUGGCUUCAAUCUGGCCUCACAUUUUCAAGAUCUUCAGAUAGUUCACACUAGGGAACAACCAUAUAAACAUUAUGUAUGUGGUAACAGCUUCAGUCGAAAUUUGAAUCUUCAAGGCCAUCAGAAAAUUCACAUUGGAGAGAAACCUUAUAAGGAAUGUGGGAAUGGCUUCAGCUGGAGUUCAAAACUUAAAGAUCAUCAGAGAGCCCAUGCUGGACAGAAGCCACACAAAUGCAAUGCGUGUGGCAAAGGCUUCAGUCAUAGGUCAGUUCUGAACGUUCAUCAGAGAGUCCAUACAGGAGAGAAACCUUAUAAAUGUGAGGAGUGUGAUAAGGGAUUCAGUCGGAGUUCAUACCUUCAAGCCCAUCAGAGAGUCCACACUGGAGAAAAACCUUAUAAGUGUGAGGAAUGUGGAAAGGGCUUCAGUCGGAAUUCGUACCUCCAGGGACAUCAGCGAGUUCACACUGGAGAGAAACCAUACAAGUGUGAGGAGUGUGGUAAGGGCUUCAGUCGGAGUUCACACCUUCAAGGCCAUCAGAGAGUCCACACUGGAGAAAAACCAUUCAAAUGCGAAGAGUGUGGAAAGGGCUUCAGUUGGAGCUUUAAUCUUCAAAUUCAUCAGAGGGUUCACACAGGAGAAAAACCCUAUAAAUGUGGAGAAUGUGGUAAAGGUUUCAGUAAGGCCUCAACUCUUCUGGCACAUCAGAGAGUCCACACAGGAGAGAAACCAUACCAAUGUGAAGAGUGUGGUAAGAGCUUCAGUCAGAGAUCAUACCUUCAAAGUCAUCAGAGUGUCCACUCUGGAGAGAGACCAUAUAUAUGUGAGGUAUGUGGGAAGGGCUUCAGUCAGAGAGCCUAUCUUCAGGGUCAUCAGAGAGUCCAUACUAGGGUGAAACCAUAUAAAUGUGAGAUGUGUGGGAAGGGUUUUAGUCAGAUGUCACGCCUUGAAGCCCAUCGGAGGGUUCACACAGGAGGGAAACCAUACAAAUGUGAGGUCUGCACAAAAGGCUUCAGUGAGAGUUCACGCCUUGAAGCACAUCAGAGGGUCCAUGCAGAAGGGAGACCUUACAAAUGUGAACAGUGUGGUAAAGGUUUCAGUGGAUAUUCAAGUCUUCAAGCCCAUCACCGAGUCCACACUGGGGAGAAACCAUACAAAUGUGAGGUGUGUGGAAAGGGCUUCAGUCAGAGAUCCAACCUUCAAGCUCACCAGAGAGUCCACACAGGAGAGAAACCGUACAAAUGUGAUGUAUGUGGUAAGGGUUUCCGUUGGAGCUCAGGUCUUCUAAUUCAUCAAAGAGUCCAUAGCGGCGAGAAAUUCUAUAAACGCGAAGUGUAUGGUAAGGAUUAUCCUUCAUCAGAUAAUCUACACAGAAAUGAAGAUUCCGUUUUGUUUUGAAACUCUCAGAUGGGAGCUGAAACUUUCCACUCACUAGAGUUCUUUUGGUGGAAAAAUAAUUUUUAAGAAUGAAAAUGUAAAGUUUCUGCCCAGCUUCCACAUUCAUAACGGUCGGGAGACCACAGAGAAGAGACAUCUGAUGAGGAGUGUUCCGUAAAGUUUCAUCAGAACUUUAACAUCAGUCUUUGCACACAAGCUAAAGAUUAUAAAGUAUAAGAGUAGGGUCAGGAAUUUAGCAAAAGUUACAAUGAUGAACAUGCCUAAAUCCAAUGUCCUCUAGAAUGUAAGCAGGAUGAAAGAAGGGACUUUGUUCAUGGCUAGUCUCCAAAGCCAUGGCAUUUUAUAACUCAGUAUCGGUGCUCAGUACUUUUUGCUAAAUGAGUAAAAGUAUAUCAAGGGAUGUAAUGUUUAAAAAUUUCAUUAAGCUAAUUAAAAAAAAUUUUUUUUAAUGUAUUUGGAGGUGGAAGCCUGCAAGUAAUCUUAAAUCAUUUGAAGUAAAUAUUUGAAAUGUAGACCAUCAAGCAGUAUUGCAAUCUGAAAUAACAUGAAUUUGGUUGUAACCCAGCUAGAAUUGACUCCCAAUCUUUGUUCCACCUUGAGCAGGAUGUGCUGAAUGUCUUAACAUUUGGUCUCUCCACAGUAUACUAUCAGUUUCAGUUUAGCUUUGUGUACCUGUAUAUGUACACAUGUGUGCACUUUAAAUGGCAGUACAGAUUCAUAAACAAUGUUUCUAGUUAACUUUGCAAAAAUGGAACACUGUAUUUUUCAUAAUUAAAUUUCUACUCCUGCUCUGUGUGUUAAGGCAGAGUUUUACUGUAAUAUUUGGAAAGUGUCAGAAGCCGUCACUGAUGACAAAUACUUUUUAAUAAAUGUCAAAGUU